AUGACAAACCCAGAUAAGAUAUGGAAGGCCACACUGGAGGAGCCCAGUGGCCAGGCCAGUGCCGGGCCGGCCAGUGGAGGCAUCGGAGGCGAGGACCAAUGCCCGACUGGGAAGAGGGGUGGUACGGAUGAGCGCAAGGCAUCUGGUACGAGCCUGUACGGCAGUAGACCACAUCCGCGGGAAGAAGGCCGAAGUAGAGGGGGAGGAACCGCUUGCGGGGAUUUGAGGGAGAUGGCCAGGGGAAGAAGGGAGAGGGCGGAUGUCGGCAUGGAUGGAGGUGAGGAUCGGAGGAGGAGGAGGAGGCUGGGUGAUCGACAGCUUGGCAAUUCACUUGUGAGCACGCCCUCAGCAUUUUCAGCGGGUCCAGGCGUUUUUAACGGCCAAGCGGCCAACUCACGACCUCUCAUCCGCCCCAACCCCCCCUUUGCGUUCGAUGGGGAUCGCACCCAGGGCAAGACGUUUCUCCAUUCCGUCAAGCAGUACUGGCGCCUCCUCCCUGAGGCCUUCCAUGUGAACGGGGUGGUAUCAGAAGAAAAGGUGGUACACUUUGCCCUCUCCUACAUGUCCAAGGACUCGGCGGCCUCCUGGUCGGAAUGUAUGUCAGAGCGCCUCGUCUUCCCAUUCCCGACCUGGUCUUCCUUCGUCGCCGAGUUCAAGCUCCGGUUCGUUGAGGAGAACAAGCAAGACCACACCCUGGCACGGCUGGAGACCCAUGCCUACUACAUGGGAUCCCGCGACGUGUUCAAAUACACGGAUGAGUUCGACGACCUCCUCGACUUGGUGGGAUACUCCGACAACUUGGUCAAAGUCACCAAGUACCGGGCGGGUCUAGACCCCAGGAUCAAUCAGGCGAUCACGACCUCCGGUAACCCACCCAGCCUCACAAACUACUCGGAUUGGCGCACCCGUGCAUUCCGCCAGUACAACGCUGAGGUGGCUGCCCGGGCCGCACGAGGACAGGCGUUCUCUCCACACUGCGCCCCGCCUCCGGUGGCUCCCCGUCCCCGCCCCGUGGCUGCUCCGACCGAACCAGAGCCCGCACCAGUGUUCGUCGCACCUGCUUCCGAUGCGGCAGCCCAGGACACCUGGCCCAAGACUGCCCGACCCCCGCUGAUGUCCGGCACGCUGACAUCCUGGACGAAGUGA